AGAAUCUUGUUACGGGGUAAUUGUUAAGUUUUUUAAAUUUGUGGAUUUUUUUUUUUGUUUUCAAGAUUUGGGUUUUAUUCUUUAAUUAUAUGGUUUCAUGUUUGGGUUUGUUAUUAGAAACUGGGCACUUUUAGGGGCCACUCAAAAGGAUUUAGGGGCCAACAAUUUAUAACCAGCCAAGGGUACUAGUUAAGGGAUACCCUAUAUGACAUUGAAGUUACCUAAAUGCCCUUCCAGUGAAAAGAAAAUAAAAACCAAAUCAAAAUCAUUCCAACCCAUUUCAACUCUUCUUCUUCUUCUGCUGCUCUACUCCCGAUUGUGGAGGUAAAAUUUAUUUUUCCUCUUUUUUCAAUUCAUCAUCGCAUCGUGAAUCGCCAAAUUAAAACAUCAUUGAUUCGUUUAUAAAACGAUGGGUAAGGGCGAUGAACCCCACAGACCUAAAACUAAAAACGUUCCUCACGGUAUCGAUCCAAAAAUAGGAAUUUUAGCAAGGAAUAAAGAGAUUGUUGCUGCAAUUGACGAAGAACGCGAAGAACACGAAGCCGCGGAUUUAGUUGUUGGUGGCGAUUCUGAUAGUCAAACACUUCGGCAACUUCAAAUGGCCCCAAUUAGGCAAAAUCGAGCUAAGCAAGUACCCAAAACAGGCGACUUAAGGCCUCGUCGAAAAAAGAGAGUCAGAAACUGUCAGCUAGUGCUAGGAGAGAAAGGGGUGCCAAUGGAAAUUCAAGUUCUGAACAAGGUGUAGAACCAAUUCCUCCACAAGGCAGUCAAGGUGGAAAUUCAAGUGCUGAACAAGGUGUAGAACCAAUUGCUCCACAAAGCAGUCAACAAGGUGCGCAACCAAGUGCUCAACAGGCCACUCAAAAGGUGCAGAACCAACUGCUCCAGAAGGAAGUGAAUAAGGUGGUGUAGAACAAAGUGCUCCACAAGGUGGUGUAGAACAAAGUGCUCCAGAAGUUACAUCCCAACAUGAAAUUGAACCAAUUGAUCCAACUGAAGAUGCUCGAGAUGAAGGUGUUGAAGCUGCAGGUGCUCAAACUCGUGGUCGUGCAGGACUUGGAGGUAGUCACGGUCGUAAAGUCAAAUCAAAGAAUAAAUGAAUGACAAACUUCCGUUUCAUAG